GGAUGGCCUUUUCAGAACUGGACCAGUUAUACUCUUACUUUACUGAAAAGAUUGGUAUUAUUAAAAAUACCCUGUCAUUAAGAAACAUUGGUCAAGAACCCAACCUGAAGAAGUUAUUAGAUAAAAUAGGAGAUGAGAUCAUUGUAGUACAUCAGCUCCUGAAUAAAUUGGAAUCGGAAAUUCAGUAUCAUGAACAAACCAAUAUUUCACUCAAGGAACUGUUGGACUCCCUAGAGGAGAAUCAUAAAGAUGUCGAACAUCUCAAAGAAAACAUUCCUCCUUAUUUGCCUCAGUUAACAGUUAACCAGAACUGUGUCAAUGAGUCCCAGGCGGACCCAGGAAAAUCAGUCCCACCUGAACCUACAAAGAAGCCCCCAAAAGAACAAACAAUGAUUAAGGAAAUGUUAUUUAUAACUGCUGAGGAAUUCAGUGGCAUUCCUUCAUAUAUGAAAUCUCGCCUAACCUAUUGUCAAAUUAAUGAUGUCAUUAAAGAAAUCAACACGGCCGUAGUUAGUAAAUAUAAGAUUUUACAUCAGCCAAAGAAAUCUCUGAAUUCUGUGAACAGAAAUCUGUAUCACAGAUUUAUGGAUGAAGAAACAAAGGAUACCAAAGGUCACUAUUUUAUAGUGGAAGCCGACAUAAAGGAGUUCACAACUUUGAAAGUUGACAAGAGGUUUCAUGUGAUAACGAAUAUAUUACGACACUGCCGGAGGUUAUCAGAGGUCCGAGGAAAAGGACUUACCCGAUAUGUUAUAACCUGAGGUUGAGCUUUGAUUCAUCAAAGGGUGUAGAUGCUAUUCCUAUCUUUUCCUUGUGUAUGAUUUCUUUAGCUUUGUAAUUUUCUUAUAAAAAUAAACCUGUUCAAGU